UAUGCAAUGAUCCUAAUUAAGUAGGACUCAUUUUCAACCCGGAGUUAUAUAUCUUGUAACUGACUGACUGUGUUGUGCAUUUCUACCUCCAUGAUUGUUCCGUGCUGUGACGACUGAGUGUGUUUGUGUAGUGUAUAGUAGGCUAGUUUUGUAUUGUAAAAUCACACGUAUUUAUAAUUAGCAGAUUAGUAGAGGAGUAUCAUGGAGGUAGAAAACAAAGAUCAUAGAGCGCCGUACGAUCUUUGGUAGAAACUAAUAUACCAUGGAGGUAGAAAUAGACGAGGCCCGAAUGCUCGAAUAUCCAACAUGGGUAGGCCUACUGAUGAUAAAGUCAAGAUGACUUCACCAUUGUUAGCAUUGCAAAGACGUUCCGCAGUAUUUGUCUUUCGCUUAAGUCAUAUCAUUCAGCAGAAGAUUCCAAUCGGACUGCAGCCAUGUGACAGAGUGAAUCUGAAAUGUCUUGUCACUUCAGUUUCUCCAAAAACACAGAACGCAGGAAGAGUCAGGUCUCUGCUUUCAAACCAACGGUCAGUAACAACUUUCCUUGGAACACCGUUCAUUACUCCGACAUGGCUAAAAAGGGUGCAUUGCCGAUCAACUUUAAUGACCCAAACCACAUCACACCUAACUCCGUCAACCCGUCAUGUUAGUUGUUUGCACACAGGACCUUCAACUCUCUCAGAAAAUCAAAAUGAGGAGUUGAAGUCCUCCGAGGGUGAGAAAACACCCCUGGGAAAGUUACCAGCCUCGGACAAAUUCCAGCUUGUCUUUACAUGCAAAGUAUGUGAGACAAGGUCCUCGAAGACGAUCUCCAGAGUGGGGUAUGAGAAAGGAGUGGUGAUCGUCAAAUGCCCGGGAUGCAGUAAGAAUCAUCUCAUCGCUGAUAACUUAGGGUGGUUUGCUGACGCGGGCGGAAGGAAUAUUGAAGAGAUUUUGGCUGCAAAGGGAGAAGCUGUCAGGAGGACAACAGAUGAAGAUGACAUCUUGGAACUUGCACAACUAGAAAGUGAUAAGAGCUAAUGAA